AUGUACACGCCAUCUUCACUUCAAAAUCGUUCUGCUCCGCAAGUAAAAUCUAAACACGUGUUGCCGAUAGAACGGGCAGUGAAGCAUAAUAAUAUAUUAUACGAGCGUGAUUCUCUCGCCCCGCCGUCCGGCCGCCCUGACCCACUCACCCCCGUCCCACGGCCCGCUCUCUCUGACCAUGGGUGCCCCACCCGCCUGUGGACAUUUACAGCUCCGCACAGCCCUCGUCGACCGAAACUCAAUUCGCGCAUGAAGAGCUUUUCGCUGGACUCGUCGGACACCGCGGAACAAGCGCAAAGGCGACGGAUGGGCAGCAGUGGCAACGGCAGUGGCGGCGGCGGCAGCGGCAGCAGCACCGGACUACAACAGCAGAUGGAAAGCUACUCGAAUCCUCCGUCCUCGUCCAGAUUGCAAUCUCCGUCUAGCCCGGUGCACAACCGGCGUCUACUGUCCACCAGGACCAUACGGAUGAGCUCCGUCGAGUUACCCGACGACAACGAUAAAUCACUGUCGUCGGCAAGUACGUCUCCGUGCCCGUCGCCGGUGAGAUAUUCACAAAAACCGCACAGGCUGUUACCGAAUAAUCUCUAUGUGGUGCUGUACAAUUUCAAAGCCCGCCGGGAAGACGAACUGGAUUUGAAGGCGGGAUACAAGGUCACAGUUAUCGACACGUCAGACCCGGCAUGGUGGAAGGGUAAAUGUUUCGGUCGCGUCGGUUACUUUCCGUACAACUACGUGACCAAAGUGCAGCCAGGCGAGAGGCCGUGGCAAGUCACAAUCAAUUUACAGGUGUUGGACGUUGACAAUAAUCCACUCACAUUGCUGAGAGACCAGAUCGUUAUCCAGAUCGGCGAAGGACCAGACGGUUCAGUAAUGAUCAGAAACGCGGAGAACAAACAGGGCAUGUGCCCGGUGAAGUUCCUGCAGGAGGUGUGA